AUGGCCGCCUGGGGAGAAGAGGGUUUGUUCGAGGGCACCCCUGCAGUCAAGGCAGGAGGGGAAGAAGACUCGUACCUUGUCGUCUGUGGUCUGAAAGCGGCUCAUACAGCACAGGAUGAUCAAGCACAUGCAGUCCUUGUACACUCGGCAUCUGCGGCGGCAUGUGCACCCGUUAGCAACACAAGGAGCGACACGGCGGUGCAUCGAGUGCCCCUGCCCCCCCCGCGCAGAUCCGCUGGCCUCCAUCCAACCGCUCCCUCGGCAGCCCAGCAGCUAGUGCUCGGCAGCAGCGCUGCAAGGCAUCUUAAUCACCGCAAAAGUGCUUACGACGUCGCUCUAGAGGCUCUCAGACGGUCCAGUGUUGCACUGCGCUGCUCCCCUAGUCGCCGCAUCCCCUGGAGUGCCACCGUCACCUCGACUUCCAUGCUGCACAGCCCUAGGCAGAGGCGCUCGCAUGUCCAGCUACACUCGGCAGAAGUGGCUGCUGAUGCCGUCAGUGGGACCUUGACAUCGUAUUGUAGCCUCAACAGGAGCAGUGCCGCGUGCAGCUUGCCCCCGACUAGCCCUGUCAGCCUCCCGGGAGCUGCCCGUGGGGAAAAGUUUCACACCAGGGAAGCCUUCUCGAGCAGCGAAGACGACGCUUCCUCAGCCUUGGCUAAGGCUGCUUUAGCGGCAGAGGAGCGCACACCUUUAAGCCCCCGAAGACAGCGAGGAUUCCAGCCUGCCAGAAGGGGCCCACUAGAGCUAUCACCAUCACGGCCACUACCUUCAGUAUCAGCACUAGCAACAUCGUCACCAGGUGCAAACAGCGCAUUCGCUGCAGCCCGCACAAAUGGCGCAUGCAACACUCCAGACGGCGGGAUGCACGUGAUUCCUUCGAGGUCCUCUAGGCCUCUCACUGCAACUGCUGCACCGCACAAAGCGGAAGCACCGGAACGGGAGGGGAAGGCUUCUGCAUUCACGGAGCAACGCUCGAGGCUUCGUCACCCCUCCUUUUCGUCUAUCCGGAAGUCUGCCUUGGGCAGUGUGGCUUCUUUGGCUCAACAGAUCAGCACCAACGCCCCUGUGCUGCUUCAGAACGGCAAACAAGCAGCAGCUGCUGCUGCGAAAAGGGCGGUUGCAGUGGCAAGCGCCGUAGCCGCGGUUGCUGCUGCUGUCUCCGCAGACACUCCCUCAGGAGAUCCCUGUGCAGUGGCCAGGCACACUGCACGGCCUUGCAGCAGAAGUAGCAGCGUGAGCAGCGCCAGGAGCGCGAGCAGCAACCAGAACCCCAGCGCUGCGAGCAAAAGCAUGUGCUUCAGUGGGCGCAGCAGCCGCAUCAGCAGCUUAGCUUGCAGCAAGACGGACGACAGCGAAACAGUGACAACCCCUUGCAGAAGCUCCAUUUCGUGCAUUUCUUCUCUGCAGCCGCCGCCACUCGCUGCAGAGCGCCAGCUACACUUUGUCGAAGUUGCUGCUCAUGGUGCCUCACGUCCUGUCUUUUCCUCUGCCAGGGAAGCCUGUGCACCUGCGGAGUUCGAAAGCAGUGCCUGCUCAGAGUCGGACGAGCUCAGUCUAAAGCUGCCGCCUUCCCCCCGAACCCUCAGGGGCAGCGAAGGCUCGAAGGAGAAUCGAAGUACCACGGAAGAGUCUAAAAGGCACAUUCGGUUUGAUUCCACAGCUGGCACUGCCUUUGCCUCCGACGGCGCGACUUUUACGGACAGUUCUUUGUUUUCGCAGAAGCAGCAGCAGCAACAACAACAACGCAUCAUGGCUGAUAUGCUGCCUGUUAUAUCGUCUCCUUCUUAUGCGUUUCUAGAGGCCCGGAGUCUCGGUGCCCUCCUUUUGCUGCCAUCUCCGAGCCAAACAACGUUGAGGACUCGGGUGUGGCGUUUCAGAGGGCUGCUGCCUCCGCGGUGGCUUGAGGAAGACCUCCUGAUACAUCAAAAUUUGCUCUUGUUUUGCAGCAGCACGGAACCCCUUGAAGUGACUUUGUUGGUCCCCCUCGCGUCCAUCGCGUCCGCAUGGGCAGUAGACGGCAAGGGCAGAGUCUCUGCUUCAGCAGCAGCCAAGGGCAAGGCGCCGUAUCGCAUCAAGUUUGUUGCGUCAGCAGCUGCGGCAGCGAAAACACAAGCGGGCGAAGACACCAAGAAGCCCAAGGGAGCAAGGACGGUGCUUAUUGGUCUGCAGAGCUUGACUGAGCGAGACACCCUCCUGAAGCAUAUCUUGUACUUGGCUGACAAGUGGCGGUCACGCCCUUCCGUUCCAGACUUUUUGUACAGGCCUCCCUGUCAGCAACAGCUAAGCCUUCUGCAGAAGCAGCUACAUUCAGCGACACGCAGCCUGUUUCUGAGUCAGCUGGCUGCCAUUGUGAGGGAGUCGGCGCGUCGGAAUGCCUGGGAAGUCUUCAUGCGUCUCCGCUCAGCCGCAGCGGCAGCUACAGCAAAUGCAGAGAGACGCAUGGCGGGUGUGUCUCGAGGGGCCUUACUGCUGCAGCAGUGGCUGCGACUUCGCAGCAGGCAAGACCAGGCGUGGGCCAUGCAGGGUCUGCGGCUGCAUGCGCUGGUGCAGAACCAACAGCAGCAAGCAGCAGCUGUGGUUGCUACGCUGGCAGCAGGGCACCUUCAGAUGGCGACGCAUCGCCUAGAGGUAGGCCGACAGCUCCUGAAGUACACCCUAGAGCGUCUUUUCGAGAGGCAACUGCAUGGUGCUCUAAGGCGGCUGCGUUCCUUCCACCUCGGAGAGGCAGUGAAAAAGCAGACGGAAAAAGGACGAGCGCAGCAGCUCUACUACACAUUGCAGCGUCUACAACACCGCCGCUUGCAAGCCGCACUCAUGAAGAUGCGCAAGGCGGUCCUACAUCGGCGGCUGCAGCAGCGUGCUUUGCAGCAGCUCUUGCAGCACAUGCGUCUGCAGCGCCUGAAAUGGGGCUGGCAUCAACUGAUGCUGCACGUGAAUGAGCGCUUACUGGUGUCAGUGAGUCGAAUUCCGCUUCAGCGAGGUGCCAUGAUCCUUGGCAUGUCUCUGCAGCAGUUUCUACAGCAGCAACUCUCCUGGGCAUUCUGCAGUUGGCGCGCGAAGAUGCGGGCUGCUUGGCUGUUGGGGCUACUGCUGAAGGAGCUGCAACUACAAAGGAUUCGCUCUGCCUGGCUACGUUGGCAGCAACCACUCUCUCAGGAUGCCCCCCGCAAAGCGCUCCGUUGCAUCGCUUCUGUGGUGGAGAGAGCCCAGUUCCGUAAGCUUCGCGAAGCUUUAUCCAAGAUCCAGCAGAUGCAUGAGUCAGGCCGCAAUAUGCGAUGCUUCCUACGGAUGCAGAUGCUACUGCAGCUAGCCACAUGGAUACAGGUGCAGCUUUUGAAGCAGCGCGCAUUAGGCUUCUCUGCACUGCGUUCUCACGCUGCAGCUCUUGCCGCCUGCAGUGCAACAGCAGCAGAGGCUGCUGCCGAGCAGGCAACUUUGACCUUAAGGCAUUGCUUUGAUGCAGAAAAACCCGCCCGUGUAUCUGCACUAGCAGCAGCAGCAGCUUCUGCUCGACUGCAGCACUUGCUAGAUAUGUCUUCGGACCUGAUGGACAAGCAGCAGCCAAGCUCUUUGAUGUGGAAAGAAGACCCUGAUCAGAAACCCUUUAUCUAUAUCCCACCGGUGUUUAGAAAUUGUCAUGGGGCAGCCGGAGCACCUUCUGCAGCUGAUGCAGCUGCGAGUUCAGGCUCUCCCGAGCUUUAUGAUUUCCAUGUGGUUCCUUCAUUGCAAAGCCAGGAGACUUGCGACGAUGAGGACGCCUUUCAGUUAUCUUAUGGAUCUACCAACCCCGCUUUGCUGCGUCCUAGCCCUAGGAACCCCCCGUACAGCUCCGGGUGCUUAUCAAGAAGCCUUGAUAAGGGAGUUAAUGACACCCUUUUCCUAGAGUCUCCUUUCGAAGCUUCUUCGACUGAGCUAGCGGGGAUGUGCCAAAGCAACGCACACAACAGUGCAGAAAGCCCCACUCAAACACCCAUCUUGCACCCUUCUGUGACACUGAGUCACGAGACACAGCCCCAUGUCAGCAGCUAUCUAGGUGGCUCCAAGGUGCUGGACUCCACCGGUUUUGCUGUGCAUGAAGCCGAACUGGACUCCUUGCUACAAAGACUUCAUCAAACAGCGAAUACACUGCAGAGUGUCGUGGAAUAUCCGAAUUCACGGUCUCGAUCUCCUGAGCCUCCGCAGGGCGGAGGAUCGCAACGUGCAUCCAGUGAAGCUGCUGCGCAUGCAGUCAGGGGACGCCAGGCUUCUGUACUUCGGCAGGAGAUGACUUCUUACCAAGUGCCUACGAGCAGGCAUGAUGUAAUCCCUGCUAUGCCCUUUUACAGCUCCUGCCCCUCUGCAGUCAACGAUCCGCUAUCCCCAUCCACUCCGCCGUCUUGCUGCGACUGUACCACGACGCCGGUGACACCUCCCUGGUAA